GCCUCGCCCCGGUGCCCCCCCCACCGCCACCCCGCGAUGCUGCGGCGGCUGUUGGAGCGGCCGUGCUCUCUGGCCUUGCUGAUCGGCUGCCAGUUCGCUUUCGUCGCUUAUUUUUCUUUGGGGGGGUUCCGGAACCUCACGGCUCUUUUCGGUCGUUCCUCCCCCCCCGCCGUGGAUUAUUCCCGCACUCACGACGUUUACGCCAACCUCAGCCGGCUGCUGCCCCAAGGAGCCCUGAGGGACCCCGCCGAGCCGCUGCCCUACUGCCCGCAGCGCUCACCCCUCCUCCUCGGCCCCCUGACGGUGACCUUCAGCCGGGUGCCCACCCUGGAGCAGAUCCAGGCCAAGAACCCUGCAGUGCAGCCCGGCGGUCGCUACCGGCCCCAAACCUGCGAGCCUCGUUCCCGCACCGCCGUCAUCGUCCCGCACCGCAACCGCGAGACGCACCUGGGCCACCUGCUCUACUACCUGCACCCCUUCCUGCAGCGCCAGCAGCUGCACUACGGCAUCUACGUGGUGCACCAGGCGGGGAACGGCACCUUCAACCGCGCCAAGCUGCUGAACGUGGGGGUGAAGGAGGCGCUGAAGGACGAGGAGUGGGAUUGCCUCUUCCUGCACGACGUCGACCUCAUCCCCGAGAACGACCACAACCUCUACACCUGCGACCCCUGGAACCCCAAACACGUCUCCGUCGCCAUGAAUAAAUUCGGGUACAGCCUGCCGUACCCGCAGUACUUUGGGGGGGUCUCCGCUCUCACCCCGGAUCAGUACAUGAAAAUCAAUGGCUUCCCCAACGAAUAUUGGGGUUGGGGCGGCGAGGACGACGACAUCGCCACCAGGGUGCGCCUGGCCGGGAUGAAGAUCGCCCGCCCGCCCGUCUCCAUCGGCCACUACAAGAUGGUGAAGCACAAAAGCGACAAAGGCAACGAGGAGAAUCCGCACAGGUUCGACCUGCUGAUCCGCACGCAGCGCACGUGGACGCAGGACGGCAUGAACUCGCUGAGCUACAGCCUGCUGGCCAAGCAGCUGCGCCCGCUCUACACCAACCUCACCGCCGACAUCGGCGCCGACCCCCGAGCCCCACGCGGCCGCCGCGGCCCCCAGAGCCCCAGGUACCCCAGCAACAGCUUCAGGGAGGAGAUGCUGCGGAAAAUCCCCGCCUUGGGGGCUCUGGGUUUGGUGCAGCCCCGCAUCCCGGCCCCGCAGCUCCGCACGGCCAACGGCACCCAAAGCUCCGCCGCCGUCGUCGUCACCCCACGCGGCCCCACGGCGGACGGCGCCGCCACGGAGCUGGGGAGCCUCGUGACGCAUGGGGGCAACCACAGCCGGCCCCACGGCUCCCCUUAGCGCCAGGGCCUCCCUCUGCCCCCCCCCCCCCCCCCCGGCACGCGGCCGCUUUGCUGCAGAGACGCUGUGGGAUCGGCGCGUGGAGCCGCAGGACUGCUGGCCGCUAUGGGGCGGCCCCACAGCAGGACGUCGCCCGUGGGCUCCCUGCUCUCCUCCCCCCCUUCCCCGCUGGGUUCUGCUGUGGCUGUGAGGUUCUUUUCUUCCACGGCCGCUGCUGAGGGGCUUUUUUCCAUUAAAAAAAAAAGGGAAAA